UAUACUUAUAGAGAUGAUGAGUAACAAUAUGCUUCUUCAUCAAUUAUAGAUACUAUUUGUCAGCUUGAAGCUCCCUUUGCUCUUUUACCUUUGAAUUCUUAGCAAUUCUUGUUAGUUGUCCAAUAUCCAAGGAAGAAACUGUUGGCGCGGUGCUCCUCUAGUCCUCUUCCCCCUCUUGUAGGACCUCUACCGGCCGGUACCACCUCUGUCUCCGACUUGACCACGUCCACCGCCUCAACAACAGAUACACACACAUACAUCUAUAUAUAUAUCUUGACACACACAUACACACACACAGAGAGAGAGAGAGAGAGAGAUGGCAAGCAAAAAGGAACGAUCAUUAGAGCAAACGCCGACGUGGGCAGUUGCCGUGGUGUGUUUUGUGCUGGUAGCGAUAUCAAUCGUCAUUGAACUCCUCAUUCACUUACUUGGAAAGUGGCUAACAAAGAGGAACAAAAAGGCUCUCUAUGAAGCACUUGAAAAGAUUAAAUCAGAACUCAUGCUAGUAGGGUUCAUAUCGUUGCUCCUAACUGUAGGACAAGGAACCAUAUCCGAAAUAUGUGUGUCAGAGGCCAUUGGAGCUACUUGGCAUCCAUGCGAUUCCAAGCAAGAGAGUACCAAAUACGGCGAUGACGAUUCCAGCGGUGACGACAACCGGAGAAAGCUUCUUAAUUUUGUGGACUCCGGCGAAAGUCAUCGACGAUUUUUGGCCUCCGCCAAGUAUGACGAAUGCGCAGCCAAGGGUCAAGUGCCAUUUGUUUCCCCAUAUGGAAUCCACCAGCUUCACAUUUUCAUAUUUGUGUUAGCUGUUUUCCAUGUGCUUUACUGUAUUAUCACCUUGGCUCUAGGCAGAGCAAAGAUGAGAAAAUGGAAGGCUUGGGAAAUGGAAACAAAAACAACUGAGUACCAGUUCACAAAUGAUCCAGAGAGAUUCAGGUUCACAAGAGAUACAUCGUUUGGGAGGAGGCAUUUGAACUUUUGGAGCCACUCCCCCUUUCUUCUUUGGACAGCGUGCUUCUUCCGACAGUUCGUCACUUCAGUUCCAAAGGUGGAUUACUUAACUCUCCGCCACGGAUUUAUUAGCGCACAUUUGGGACCACAGAGUCGAACUAAUUUUGAUUUCCAGCAGUACAUCAAGAGGUCACUUGAGGAGGAUUUCAAGGUGGUUGUAGGGAUCAGCCCAAUAAUCUGGUUCAUUGCAGUAUUAUUCCUGCUGUUUAAUACCCACGGUUGGUACUCCUACCUAUGGCUACCCUUCAUGCCACUGAUAACAAUUCUUCUUAUCGGAACGAAGCUCCAAGUUAUCAUAACAAAGAUGGGAUUACGAAUUCAAGACAGGGGAGACAUUGUUAAAGGAGCCCCAAUGGUCCAACCUGAUGAUGAACUCUUCUGGUUCAAUCGCCCUCGCCUCCUCCUGUAUCUCAUCCAAUUCGUUCUAUUUCAGAAUGCCUUUCAACUUGCUUUCUUUGCUUGGGCUUGGUAUGAAUUUGGCUUGCGUUCCUGCUUUCAUGAGAAGUUGGAAGACAUAAUCAUCAGGCUAACAAUGGGGGUCCUGAUACAAAUACUCUGCAGCUACGUGACUCUCCCACUCUAUGCCUUGGUCACACAGAUGGGUUCCACCAUGAAGCCCACCGUCUUCAACGACCAAGUAGCCAAGGCGCUACGAAGCUGGCACCAAACAGCCAAGAAGCAUGUAAAACAGAACCGUCACUCACCAGGCAUGGUAACCCCGUCGCAGAGCAGGCCCGGGACUCCCCUCCACGGCGCGUCCCCGGUUCACCUUCUGCGCAACUACCGCAGCGAAAUCGACAGCAUCAGCACGUCUCCCAGGGUUUCCAACUUCGAAAACGUAGUCUGGGAAUCCGAAGGUCCACCCUCACGCCACCGUGAUAGGCAUCGUGACUUGGUGGCUCAGCAGGAGACCGAGGGGGUUCAGGAGUCGAGCUUGGUGACUUCAGCUUCCGGGGAUGUACAUCUGCAACACGAAAUCGACAUUCACUUGCCCGAUUUCUCAUACGAAAAUGUACCUAGAACUCGAUAGAAUACAAGUUAGGUGAUGGGGGUCAUAGAAGUCGUCAUCAAGUAUCUGGCAAAUGCCUUGUUAAUGACUUCGUAUUCAGAGAGACUGAUUUCUUAAGCAGAAGAGACUACCAUGCUUAGAUUUUCUGCAACUAGUUUGCAUGCUUCGUUGUGCCUACAUAAUCAAGUUACUAA